AAGUAGAGCGCGUGAGAGGUCCGCCAUUUUGUGGCAGCUGAGAGAGUCAAAGCGGGAGGAGUCGGCGCUGCUCCUGUCGCUGCCCGUUGGCCUCGCCCGCUUUCUUCCUUUCUCUCCCUCUCUUUCCUUGGUUGGAUUAAAUCGUUGCAGAUUUAUUUUCUUCUUAAUUCCUCUUUUCCUCCCCCGCUGCUCCUCGGGCUUCUUCCCGCUCGCCUCCUCCGCCUCUUCUCACACACACCGACCAACCAACCGCAGCCAUUGCUGACCUCGCCAUGUCUGGUGGCGGCGUGAUCCGCGGCCCGGCCGGGAACAACGACUGCCGCAUCUACGUGGGCAACCUGCCGCCGGACAUCCGCACCAAGGACAUCGAGGACGUGUUUUACAAGUACGGAGCCAUUCGGGACAUCGAUCUGAAGAACCGCCGCGGGGGGCCGCCGUUCGCCUUCGUCGAGUUUGAGGACCCCAGGGAUGCAGAAGAUGCAGUGUAUGGACGGGAUGGAUAUGAUUAUGAUGGGUACCGUCUACGGGUGGAGUUUCCUCGAAGUGGUCGGGGCACUGGCAGAGGAGGAGGCGGCGGUGGAGGUGGUGGGGCCCCAAGGGGCAGAUAUGGACCCCCAUCAAGACGCUCUGAAUAUAGAGUGAUAGUAUCAGGACUGCCUCCCAGUGGAAGCUGGCAGGAUUUAAAGGAUCACAUGCGUGAAGCAGGUGAUGUAUGUUAUGCUGAUGUUUUCCGAGAUGGAACUGGUGUCGUGGAGUUUGUUCGGAAAGAAGAUAUGACCUACGCAGUGCGAAAACUGGAUAACACUAAGUUUAGAUCUCAUGAGGGAGAAACUGCCUACAUCCGUGUUAAAGUUGAUGGCCCAAGAAGUCCGAGUUACGGAAGAUCUCGUUCUCGCAGCCGUAGUCGUAGCAGAAGCCGUAGCCGAAGCAACAGCAGAAGUCGCAGUUAUUCCCCGAGACGAAGCAGAGGAUCUCCACGCUACUCUCCCCGUCACAGCAGAUCACGUUCUCGUACAUAAAUGAUCUUUAAUAGUGCUCCUUUUGUAGAAUUUCUCCAUGUUGUAUGCAGUUUUCUUUUGCCCCAUAUAGUCCUUUCUUUUAGAAAAAAAAAACAGAAUUGAAACUGUUUUACUGAAAAUUGGCUAAAAUGUUGAAUUGCAUUUUUGUAUAAUAUCCCUAGUGAGUAUUUGUUCUUUAACAUCAACAUUCCCUUGCGUCUUUCAUAAAUUGUAUUUUAACAUGUCCUAGUCAGGGUUCUUUCUAGCUAGUUUGCUGCCCACCCUCUCUUCCAACUGUGAUAUUGCUGUAUAAAAUGUCUUUGUUCAGCUAUGGUUUAUACAAGCUUGGGAUGGUGGGGUUUAAAUUGUCUCUUUGGGGGAGCUUACAUUUUUAUCUUGCCUUUUCAUGUGUCUUUCUGUAGACAUAUCUGAAGAGAUGGAUUAAGAAUGCUUUGGAUUAAAGGAUUGUGGAGCACAUGUCAAUCAUUUUAGGAUUGUCAAAAGGAGGAUUGAGGAGGAUCAGAUCAAAAAUGGAGGCAAUGGUAUGACUCCAAGUGCUAUUGUCACAGAUUAAAUUGGCAGUAUUGACCUUAUACAGAAAGAAUAGCUAAAUAGGCACGCCUGUUCUCUAUUGUUCCACUCAUUUUCUAGUCAGCUGAAGUUUUCUGACUACACUGAUGACAAUUGUGGCUUAGCUGGGCCCACGUGGUUUCAAAUCAAGGGAGGGGGUGGGAAUGUACUGUAUCAGUUGAUUACAGGCGUUGCCUGUUUUUACCCUUGUAACAUGCAGGUUUUUCAGACAUGGAAGUAUAAUCUCAAUACUGCUAAAAUCUGCAUGUCCUCUGUGUGACUGAUAGAGCGUUGCUGUUUCAUCUUAAACGUAACGGAAUGGAAGCAGUGGGAGGGACACAUUGGGGAUUUCUUUAAGUCUGCCCUCUUCCCCUACAAAAUAACUCAGAAUUGACUGAUACUUCAGUUAAUCUUGUUACUUCUAGACUGAGUAUAAUGAGCUUUUAGUUUAGGCAUGGAUAGUUCUAGCAGCAAGAUUUGGCAACUUCAUAACAUCUUUUUUUUUUUUAACCACAAAACCUGUAAUGCACAUAUAGGAAUUGAGAUGUUGAAAUUAUCAGUUAUCCUUUGUAAAUACUAGAACGUUUCUUCCAAAUGAUUAACACUGCUAAAAAUUGAGCUUCACAAUACAAAAGUUUGUCUUGGGGAACUGAUAGUUAUCAAUGCCUAUUUUUAUUAUUCAGCGGCAGACAUAACUGAUCAUUCCCCAGAAUCCUAUUUUUCAUUACGGUAUCUAACUUUUUGCCUCCUCUUUUUUGGUUUUGCUGGUUAUAAAGGUUUGGAUUGGAGAGGGCUCACUGGAUCCCAAUCCUUGGAGCUGGAUCAUUGGAUUCAAAUCAUAAUGUGGAUAGGAUAGGGAGGAUCAAUUUCAAGGAUUCAUGGAGCGGGAUCAAAUUACCAGGAACAUAGGAGUGGAUUCCUGCCCCAACCAAACCGCACUCGUGUGGAGUUUUAUUCAACUCAAUUGGCUAUUCCAAAGAUUUUUCCUAUUUUUGACGAUUGGAGCCCAUAAGAUGCACGAUGGAGUUUUCAAUUUUUUUUUUGUAAAAGGAGCAAAGCAAGGACCUGGAGAGGUACGCUGGAGCAUUCUUCUUGGAAGGAUUCAGCACAAGUAGAUGAGCACUUUGAAAAUAACCAGGAAAACCAGGAAAUGAAAGCUGAGCUCCCUGGCUGCUCUUAGGUUGCAUAUCAUUCCUGUUAACUGAUGACUGGUGCAUGGAGACGUGGACCUCUGCUAGUGGAUGAUUUGCACUUGGAGCCAGGAGAGGAUUCCCUGAGGCUUGACUGUCCAAAAGACAAACCUUCCACCUUUUCAUUCCCCUGCAGAACGGUUCACCCGUACAGAGGAGAGGAGGAGGAGUGCUGUUUUUAUUGGCGGGAACAUGACCGGGGAAACGUUAGGGUAACACUUCUGCAGCAUCACUGCCAUCACGUUUUCAAGAACCCACCUCCUCCAGAGGGAAGGGAAUGUAGGCAUUGCAGUAGUUGAAGGACUGCAACUGUUGGCUUUUGCUGGACAGAAGAUGGGGUUGUGGGCCUUGCCCUUGUACUCGGUAAUGAAUAUCGUGAAAUGCAGCCACCCUUAACAUCUGCAUAGAGAGACCUGACGUUAUCAGUUGUUGGUAGCUUGUUUUGUGCCAGGUGCCUAUCAACGUCAGGUCCAAAUACACAGGUACCAUGAUGGGUCCAGCAAGCUAUGCACGUCUCUACUUGUGCCAUCUAACAACUGUUCAAACUACUAACCUGAUGUGCAGCUCUGGUCAACAUCUGGAGAGCAUUAAAUUUCAGUGGAAUGAGGGAGGCAUGUGCCAAUGGACAGCUUUGCUGGAAUCCAUCAGCCUUUGUCAUCCAUUUAAGGUAAAGUCUGCUUUGAGCUUGACUUCUAAGGACUUGCAGGCGUGUCCAUGUUUUGACUUAAAAUCUAGCCUACAAUCCUAAUAUUUCUUUCUAAUCUCCCAUCCAAGUAUGAACUAGACCUGGCUCUGUGUAGCUUCUGAGCCAGACAAAGGAUGUCUUCUAAUUGAAAAAAAGAAAACUUGGGAUGCAGUGAAGCAUCAGCUUCUAGCAUAAUUCUUAUUUACCAGAAUGCUGAGGAGCGUCAGACAUAAUAGUUCAUAGAAGUUGUUGGGUGGCUGCAGUACAGUGCUUGGAAGUGAAUCUAGCUGUGGAAAAGGGCCAAAAUGAGUUAGGUUGGUAGAGGACAUGCUAGGGACCAGGGGAAGAGGAGAGGAGCAAGUCCACCAGUUUGCCUUUGGUAAAUUGUUUUAAGACUGAUCGUAGGGUUCUGUUUGUAAAUAAACAUGCCUUUCAAUAACUUUUGUAGGAGUCCCGUGACAGGUUCUUGAAAUUCCAGAUUGGCCCAGAAACACAGAAUUUUCCACUCCACAAAGCUAUCCCCUGUUGCCUUAUAAGGUUCUCCUCAUCUGUUCUCAAGGAAAUUGGAAAAUGUGGUACACCGUAACUACUAAGACUCCAUGUGUGAUGGAUUCACAAAGGAUCUACAGCAAAUGGAUGAAGCUGGGGCUCCAGACACCAAACUAAGACUAGUUCAAAUGGUUUAUUUCACCCUGCAGUCAAUGGACUGUUUUAUGUUUUGUGUAGAUCAAGGCCUAAAUACAUAAUGGCUUUCAUAUAAAAAUAUUUUAAUACAUGUCAGUAUAGUGCCCCAAUCUUUCUACAAGGAAUGCUGCUGCCUCUUUAGGAACCUAAUUUCCCUCUUUCCCUUUCAAAUAUUUUUUGCGUUACAAACUGUGGGCCCAGCUCUAGAAAACAAUUUAAGA